AUGGUCAGCCAUGUUGUAGGUGAGUUCGUAGCUUAUCGUAAGCAAAACGGUCUAAUCUCAGUACUCUGCAGCGGUUGCAAAGGGUUUUUUCGUCGUUCCGUCCGAUUCAGAAGACAAUAUGUUUGCGCGUUUAAUAACAAGUGCAAUGUUAUUGGAGGUAGGAGGUUAUUCAAUAUUUUUUACUAUUUGUUUUAGUAGUUUAAUAGAAGUAAUUCUAAAGGAAAUCGUUCUGAGCCACUAAAAAUCGUUUUUCAGAAGCCAGAAACUCAUGCCGAGCUUGUAGGUAUCGAUCAUGCAUCGAAGGUGGGCUGCAGCCUAACUGUAAGUGUUUAUUUACUUUUCGUUCUUCAAGCGUUUACAAUUACGAUUCGGGAGGUAUAGAUUAGAUUAGUAGUUUGAUGCCGUAGAUUGUAACGUACUGUGCUGAUGUGCAAGGAUUUUCAAGGUUCAGAUGAAGACCAAUGGAGAUAUACUUUCUUGUAAUAUAUUCCGUAAUGAUACAGUUGUUUCUUCAAGUUAAUUUUCAUCAACCAGACUAAGGUAAUUCAUGAAUCAAAUAAGAAUUUCAGUAGUACACAGUGACAGAGCUUGUGAUGCAGAUGCACCAAAGAAAAAGCUAAAGAUUGAAUUUAAGAAGUCAGAUUCAGAAGACAAAAGCAAAACGGAUGACGAAGAACUACCAAGCGUUUCAGCGCUCGUCGAUGAAGCUACAAUUGUUGAAGAAGCAAACAAGCAGUGUGAUUCGUUGCUUUUGGCGAGGCAUUCUAUGGUAACUUGAUGAAAAAUAUACCGUACAUGACAAAAGACAUAGCACUAACACUUUAAUAACACGUGAUUUUUAGCAAUACUACUAACAUUGCUUUAAGUGAACAAUCUUAAAAUAACGUCAAAGCUUUUCUUUCAGCGUGGAAAACGAUCCCUGUUACCUUUAGGAGCUCUAAACCUAGUACCGUUGAGUGGAGACAAAAGCCCGAUAUCGUUGCUAAAGUAUUACUUUACGGUAGACCGGUUUUGUGACAGUUAUUUUGAGGAUGACAAAAAUGUAUUGUUUACUGACCCAAUCACGUGCGACUUGGAAAUGAGCUUUGAUGAAGCUUUCCUCUAUGAUCCUGGUAAAAUGUGCGAUAGGACUGUGGUGAGUAUAUGCAUUAUAACACUAAAAGAUUAUAAAAAUCUUAUCUUUAUCAAAAAGAAAAAUAAGAAAAAUAUACGAGAUACAAUUACCUAAAACAACUCAUAAAUUUACUUCUAGAUGCUAUGGGAACCCAAAAUAAUAAUAAACUUCCAAACAUUUAAAGCAAUGUGGUGCCGUGUUAUGUUAACCUACAUCGACUGGGUCACCCAUGUUCCAGAAAUUCGGGCGCUAGAAGCAGAAGAUCGUAUGAAAUUAAUAGUUGGUAGAUCAGUGCCCAUUAUUUGGCAUAUCAUUGCAGCUCGAUCUUUACCUUAUGUUGAUAAGAAGUAUAUAUUGCUUGGUGGUGGUACAUACUUCACUCCAGAUGCAGAGGUCUUGGAGGGAAAAACUGAGGAAAUGUAAGUGGUUUGAGAUAUUUGUACAGACUUUUGAGCUUUCUUCCAUAUUUUUUAAUUUUUAAGUGUAAGAAACACGCUAAUUUAUUUCUUUCUGUCAAUAGAGAAACACGGCUAACCUCUGCUGUCGGUCGAUCCUAAAAAAACAUAAAUUAGAACAACAGUUAAAAGAUUAAACAAUAUAAAUACUUAAAAUCAUGGGAAGUCUGGAACCACCGCUCAGUUUUUGACCAAGUUUUGAAAAUGAGCUGGUCUCCAAGAAUUUCAAAAAUCUGACCAAAAACGUUUUUCAGAAUUUUCAACUUUUGUAUUGAGACCGGCACCUGGUUGAAUGACGCAUUCUUUGAACCAGCUGUGGAACUUGGCGUAACACAAUCCGAACUCAUGUUUUUGCGACUGAUAGGUUUGUUCAGUAUCGUACCCGGCCUGAGUGUGCAAGGUCGUCGGGAAGUGAAAAGUACUCAACAUUUCUAUCGUAACUGUCUUCAAAAAUACAUUACCGAAAGUCGGCCGGAAAUGACCGAGGUUGAGGUUUGUCAACGAAUGAGCGAGCUCAUGUUGCUUUUACCGGCUUUUGAUGUAAGUAUAUGUAGCCUACUGUACUCUAUCCUACUCUAGCAUACCAUACCCUACUCCAACUUACCCUACUUCAUCUUACCUUACCCCACUUUACCCUCCUCCACUUUAAACUACUCUAUCCUACUAAAUUAUCUUUUGCAGCGAACCAAUCAGCUGGAAGACAAUCACUUUACAAUGCUGGUGUUGUUCAACCUAGCCAACAUGCAAACGAGUUUAAUGUAUGACUUCUAUGUCCGGCGAAAAAUGCGACUGUAA